CGCUUGCGGGGCUAGGUGCAUCAAAUAUGUGGUGAGAAUGUCUGCCCCCAUUUUGAAGUGGAAAAGGAUUGGAAAUGCCAGUGGCCCAUGUCCAAGGCCACGACAUGGGCAUCGGGCUGUUGCAAUCAAAGACCUCAUGGUGGUUUUUGGUGGAGGAAAUGAGGGAAUUGUGGACGAACUCCAUGUUUACAACACAGCAACAAACCAAUGGUUCGUGCCACCUGUGAAGGGGGACAUCCCUCCAGGAUGUGCAGCAUAUGGCUUCGUCGUAGAUGGGACCAGAAUUCUCGUCUUCGGGGGCAUGGUUGAGUAUGGCAAAUACUCAAAUGAAAUAUAUGAACUACAGGCGAGCCGCUGGGAGUGGAAGCGGAUCCGGGCGCGGCCGCCGCGCAACGGUCCGCCGCCGUGCCCGCGGCUCGGACACAGCUUCACACUGAUCGGCAACAAGGCCUACCUGUUCGGCGGACUGGCCAACGAGAGUGACGACCCCAAGAACAACAUCCCGCGGUACCUGAACGACCUGUACACGCUGGAGCUGCGGCCGGGCAGCAGCUCGCUCACCUGGGACAUUCCGCAGACGUACGGCCAGCCGCCGCCGCCCCGCGAGUCGCACACCGGCAUCGCCUACACCAACGCCAAGCGCGGCGCCGCGCAGCUCAUCAUCUACGGAGGCAUGAGCGGCUGCCGGCUGGGCGACCUCUGGCUGCUGGACGUGGACUCGAUGAGCUGGACACGGCCACAGGUGGGCGGCGUGGCGCCGCUGCCGCGCUCGCUGCACACCACGCAGCUGAUCGGGCACCGCAUGUUCGUGUUCGGCGGCUGGGUGCCGCUCGUCGUCGACGCCGACGUCAGGGUGGCCACGCACGAGAAGGAGUGGAAGUGCACCAACACGCUCGCCUCGCUCAAUCUUGAGACGACCGAGUGGGAGCCGCUGGCGAUGGAGGCGUUCGAGGACGCGAUUCCCCGGGCGCGGGCCGGCCACUGCGCCGUCACCAUCCACUCGCGCAUGUACAUCUGGUCGGGCCGCGACGGCUACAGGAAGGCCUGGAACAACCAGGUGUGUUGCAAGGACCUGUGGUAUCUGGAGACGGAGAAGCCGCCGUCGCCGGGCCGUGUGCAGCUGGUGCGCGCCUCCACCCACACGCUGGAGGUGUGCUGGAGCCAGCUGCCGACGGCCGAUUGCUACCUGCUGCAGAUUCAGAAGUAUGAGAUGCCGGCGCAGUCUGCCGGCCAGCCGAGCCCAGGCGCCGCCAGCCAGCCGACGCCGACGCCGGCGCCGGCGCCCAGCUCUCCGUCUUCGGCGGCGCCGCCCGCGCGGCCCUCCAUCACCUCGACGGCCGGCAUCCCGACGCCGUACAGUCCCGUCAAAUUCGGCACCGGCGUGCGGAAGGUGGUGACCAAGCCGGAGCCGAAGGCGGCGGCAGGUAGUCCGCAGAUGUCGGGCAUCGCUGCACUGGCGGCGGCGGCGGCGCAGACGCAGCGGAUCGGCGGCGGCCCGCCGGCUGGCCUCGAGAGCCCUGGUGUGAAGGUGGCCCACUCGCAGGGCGUGCGCCUGACGCCGGCUGGCGCCGGCGGCAUCAGCUCCGUGCUCAAGUCGGCCGGCGCACCCAAGCAGAUCAUCCUGCAGAAGCCGGGCGCCGGCGGCCAGCCGCAGAUCGUGACGCUGGUCAAGACCAGCCAGGGCAUGCAGGUGGCCACGGUACCCAAGGUGAACCUGCUGCAGGGCAAGCCAACUGCCCAGAUGACGGCUGUCUCGGGCAGCAAGCCGCUGCCGCAGGGUGCCACCAUCGUCAAGCUGGUGACGACACAGGCGUCAGGCGCCACGCGGCCCAUGGGCUCCAGCGUCAUCACCAUCGCCAAGCCGCAGGCUGUGUCGACGCCGAGUGGCGGCAAGCAGACGAUCGUGAUCACGCGCCCGGCCGGCGGCGGCGGCCUGCCGCGCGCCGCCACGCAGCAGAUCGUCAUGGUCUCGUCGGCGGGCGGCGGCGUCCAUUCGCCCACCGCCGUCGGCCAGGCGGGUGUCAAGAUGAUCGUGGUGUCGUCGCCGUCGGCCACGAGCACGACGCCGGCUAUCUCUCGGCCCAUCACCAUCUCGGUGCCGGGCCAGUCUGGCCAGGCCACAAAGACGGUGACGAUCGCCGCCAAGCCGGGCGGCGGCGGCCUGGUGGGCCUGCCGGCGCAGGGCCUGCUGCCGGCCGGUCCGCGCCCCGUGGCCGUCCAGGUCUCCACGGCCGCCGGCCAGAAGACGGUCACACUGGUGGCCGGCCAGGCAGGCGGCGCCGCACAGCCGCAGAAGGUGGUGCUGCUCAACCAGCCGGCCACCACGGACGCGGCGCCGCCGGCGGCCGCGCCCGCCGAGGACGAGACCGUGGGCCAGCCGGUCGACCCGGAGACGGAAAACCCGGGCCCCAGCGACGGCGGGCUGGAGCCGGUGGUGGAGCCGGAACCGGAACCGGAACCGGAACCGGAACCUGAGCUGGAACGGGGGCCAGAGGCGGAGCUGGCACCAGCGGUAGACGCGGAGAUGAGCGACGCGCCUGAGGCACGCUGCAACGCCGAGCCGCCAGUUGAGGACGCGAUGUCCGGAUCGGUGCCCCAGACAGCGGUCGAGGCCGCACCGGAGGCUACCCCGGGGACAACAUCAGAGGCCGCGCCGGAGACAACAUCAGAGGCCGCGCCGGAGGCCGCACCAGAGGCUGCGCCGGAGGCCCCACCGGAGGCCCCACCGGGGUCGGCUGCAGAGGACGCUCCGGAGGCGAUGCCGGACGCUGGUGAGCCGGCGAUGGUGGACCCCAAGAAGGAGGCGGCGACCGACCUCGAGAGUGAGUCGGAGGCGGCGACUGACCCGCUGGCUACACUGGCCACGGCGGCGGCGGCGGCGGCCGGUCCCCUGGCCGGCGUCGGCGCCGCCGUCAAGGCCGAACCGAAGGCCGAGAACGGCACAGCCAAGGGCGGCGCCGAGGCCGAGGAGCGGCGUCGCGACGCGCUCUGGUUCGACGUCGGCAUCAUAAAGGGCACCUCGUGCACAGUCGAGUCGUUCUACCUGCCGGUGGACGAGAAGGGCGACGUGUUCGCCGACAGCGACCAGAACAUGAUGCGGAAGGUGGACCUGCAGCCGGGCAUCGCCUACAAGUUCCGCGUGGCUGGCAUCAACGCCUGCGGCCGCGGCCCCUGGAGCGAAGUGUCGGCGUUCAAGACGUGCCUGCCCGGCUACCCAGGCGCGCCAUCAGCCAUCAAGAUCUCCAAGUCUGCGGACGGCGCCAACCUGUCUUGGGAGCCGCCGCAGAACACGGCCGGCGAGAUCACCGAGUACUCGGUGUACCUGGCCGUGCGCAGCGCCACUACGCAGGCCCAGGGCGACACGAAGACGGUGUCGAGCUCGCCAUCACAGCUAGCGUUCGUGCGCGUCUACUGCGGCCCGGUGAACCAGUGCACGGUGACACACGGCUCGCUGGCCGCCGCCCAUCUGGACACCACAUCCAAGCCGGCCAUUAUCUUCCGCAUCGCCGCCCGCAACGAGAAGGGUUACGGUCCGGCCACCCAAGUCAGGUGGCUUCAGGGUGAGUACGCGUCGGCCGAUCCAAUCAGAUGGCUCCAGGCAGGAGAUGCGGACCGGCCACCCAAGUCAGGUGGCUUCAGGGUGAGUACGCGUCGGCUGAUCCAGUCAGGUGGCUCCAGUUAGGAGAUGCGGACCGGCCACCCAAGUCAGGUGGCUUCAGGGUGAGUACGCGUCGGCCGAUCCAGUCAGAUGGCUCCAGGCAGGAGAUACGGACCGGCCACCCAAGUCAGGUGGGUCCCCAGUCAGGUCCAGAGAUAGGGUGCCUCGGAGAUGGGUGUGUGGACCGGCAGACAGGUCAGGUCACUGGCAUGAUGAGACCGUUCCGCCGGAACCGGGCGGCCAUGUUGUGCUGCGCGCUAGAUCAGAGCAUUGGCCACUCAGAACUGCAGGUGCUUCAAUCUAUCAGGUUGUGUCUGAUUUAGAAGCGGCCGCUUUGGGUGACAGCUUGCCAAUGGGUUGACGUAUUUGGUUAUUCGUUCAAUCCAGCAUCGUUCCUCCUUUCGCUGGAGCCAAUCUCGUUAGGCUGACAUGGACCACAAUUGUUUAUUUGCCUCAUAGGUACUUGCAUAAGUUUCGGCCUCUGUUGGCGGAUCUUCGUUUGCGUCCAGCUUUGCCACGUGAUGAUGUCAGGUAAAUGGACUCACCCUUGACGCCUGGCGGUGCGGCCGUGGUCUGACCGCUGGCACCUCCGCAGACGCGCACGCCGGCGGUGUCAAGGCCGUGAAGCGGCUGGGCGAGCCGCGCCCCCAGGGCGUGCCGACGCCCAAGCGCGCGCGCACCGACAGCGCCAGCCAGUAGCGGCGCGCCGGCCGCCGACUCACCACACAAGUACAACGUCGCUCAUCACCGCCCGCGCGUCACCCCUCACCCGUCGUCGCCGGCGGCGCAGUGAUUUUAAGCCGGAGACGGUGCCGCGCCGGCUGCGAGCGGUGCGGCUUAGUUAGAGCGCCGAGCGUGGAUGGACUGGGGCUGGCGUCGGCCGACGCGGCAGCGGCCGUCGCCGCCGCCGCCGCCGUUGGCGUGGGGCUGGCGUCGGCCAGUGCGCCGGGUUUAACCGCCGGCUUAUCGAAUGCUUGUACGUCGUUCCAACGGUGUCCGUUAAUUUGAGAACCUUCCAUUUCGUCUAGGAUAAGGACGUAGUUUGUAACUAUGGUUAGAAACGGGGGUUUUCCCCUUGUCGUGUUUGAAAAUAAACUGUCGCAAAUAAAGUCGUUUUGCAAGGUUUGCUUGUGCGAAUGAGGAGGCGUUAUUUCCUCGCCACCGUGCGAUCCUUGGCACUCAAGGAGGCGUGACGCUAUGAAUUGUGCUACUGGUCAGCGAUCAAUUACAUAACAAUGUUCUCCGGGAGCACAUUUAUAAACAUUGCAAAACAUGCGUGGGGCGAGAGCUCGGCUGGUUUGAGUGAUGUAUUCAACCGAAGCACGGCGGACAGCUGGCCGUCACGCGGCCGAAGCUGCCUCGGGGGUGAUGGAGGUGCCGCCGCCGGCCUGCGCGGUGAGGUGGGCCGCCGUGGCCCUCGGUCGGCGGUCGGACGCGGCGCUCAGAGGAACAGGCUGCGGGCCGUCGGAGCACGACAGGACUCCUCCUUCUCGUAGGCGCAGCCAACGCAG